CGACCCUGGGAUCAUGACCUGAGCCACAGUCAGGAGUCAGAUGCUCAACCGACUGAGCCACCCAGGCGCCCCGGGCGCAAAGUGCUUCUUGACUCUGCCGUGAGCACAGGUUAUAGGAAUCCCAAGGCCAGCUCUGAAUGGCACGUGGAACUUGGCAGAAGCGAGCCUUCACAGAAGUAUCACUACUUGACUUCCAAGCUGAGCAGGCUGAUAGAAUCUACGCCGAAGUGCAGAAAACGGCCGCACAACGUCUUGGGCUGCAGGCAACGCGAAUUUUGUGGCGUGCAGCCAGCCUGACCGAUCGAUUCGAAUCCUCCGCGGGGAAAGCUUUCUGGGAUCAAGGGGAAGUGAAGCAGGGCAGGCUCCUCAGGCUUGCAAAAGCCCUUGGACGAGGUUUCCACCACGGUCCGUAUAAAACACAAUUUUACACGUCCUCGUCGCCGUGUGGCUGUGCAGAGAGAGAGGAGCUGGUUCACUUGGGGAUGUGGACACUGCUUGGAGAAAAGAGAGCUAGGUAGCAGGGGGCCUGUGUCCACACGGGGCAGUGAAUGGUGGGGUCGCGGCAGGCUGGUGAGCUCUUUUGACGGGGGUUCCGGAACUGUGGUAUCGACCUCUUCUAAGUGACAGCUGGCGGGCUUCAUAGUGACCCCCCCAGUGGAGAAAGAUUUGGGGGAGGCUGUGGGAGAGGGGGCAGAAAUGCAUAGGGCAAGGCGUAGGGCAGAAUGACACAGCUUAGAUAUAUUUGUUGGUCAAGACCCAGGGAAAAGGCAGUGGACACAUGAGGGCCAGACGUUCUAUGUAAGGGGCAGCUGAGCAGAGGGCUUCAGGCCUCCUGCUCUAGAGCUUACCCAGUGACUCAAAAGAGUAUUAGUGGCAGCAAAUACAGACGGCCCAGAUGUGGAGGCAGCUUGCUGUCAUAGGGAGACCAGAGAGACCACAGCCAGGCCCAUGAUCCCUGGGCCCCAGUGGCUGCACUGUGGAGGGGAGGCGGAUGUGACGUCCCUCUUCCCCGUCUGGAGCAUGAAAAGCAGGCUCCGGUCCUGCCCCUGAGCUCGGAUCUCAAGGCCCUGUGGCUGGGGAUCAGCAGGAGGGCAGGCUUCCCGGAAGCCCCCUCUUCCCAGGUCCCCAUGGCCUGGCGGAGGACGAGCCGGCCCAUCACGUGCUGACCAGGGUGGCCCCUGCAUGGAAGCCGCCCUUUGCCGAGCUGUGCCCUGAGCCCUCUGCUGGGUGCCGAGCGCUCUCUUUGGGGCCACGUGUCACUGUCUCAGGGGUGGUGGGUCUGAGCCUCCGCCCUCCUCUCGGUAAAGGGGACUCCCUGGCACGUGGAGGGAGCUUCGGGUCAGAGCAGGUCCGGGAAGGGUUCCUGUGGCUGUCGCCUCAGCCGCUAGUGGCAGCAAGGGACCUGGCUGAGGGCCAGAGCGCUGCUUGGCUUGGGGAGGUGCUCUCAGGGGGCGACGUCCGGGGGCAAAGGCUGGCUUCAGGUGGCCACAGGUCGCCCGUGUCGGUGGGAGCCUUCUGCUGGCUGUGAGACUCCACUCCAGUUCUUGGGGGCCCCCUCUGCCCGCUCAUCUGCACAGCUUCUCUGCAGGGCAUGCCUGUGGCCUCGGAGGCGAGGACAAGUUUCUCCUGAGUCAGCGUCACGGUCUGGCCCUGCCUUUCUCAUCCCUCGGGGUGACUGUUUCGGGGCCUCAUGCACGUCCGGCCUGUGGUCUGGCUUUGGCCACCUUAGCGCACCUCACGGUGGGCCUCUUGCCUCCGAAGCUUGGGGAGAAGUGGCUUGGGAGUUUGGUCCCUUCCCUCCUAGAAAGCCUCUGACUUGUUCCUAUUAAUUGGUCCCCCUGCUUCCUGGAGGCGUCCGCGGCCCUUGGUGGGCCUGGUUCCUGCCUCCCCCUGUGGCCGUGGGCAAAGCUGCCGACCGUCAGUGCGUUUUCCGCACGGAUCCGCCACAGAGGGUGUGGGAUGAGGUGCCUGGGUCACAGUGCUUUGCUCGGGGUCCGAACCCGGGUCUGUCGGACUCCAGCGGGGGGCAUCGCCCACUUCUGCCGCGGUGGGCGAUGCGUCCCAGAAGCCCCCGGUCCAGCCUGCCGCGGUGGUGAGUGGCGGUGGUGGGGAGGGUUCUCCCGGUCCACAUCCUGUUCCCUUAGGUCCAGGACCUGCAGCUGGAACGAGAGAUGGCUCUGGCCACCAACCGCAGCCUGGCCGAGCGGAACCUGGAGUUUCAAGGUCCCCUGGAGAUCAGCCGCUCAAACCUCUCGGACAAGUACCAGGAGCUGCGGAAGCUCGUGGAGCGGUGCCAGGAGCAGAAGGCGAAGCUGGUUUGCUUCAGCACUGAAGCCAGAGACCUUGUUAGACCUUCUGCAGAUCGAAGGCAUGAAGAUUGAAGAAGAGUCUGAGGCCAUGGCCGAGAAGUUCCUGGAGGGCGAGGUGCCCUUGGAAACGUUUCUGGAGAACUUCUCCUCCAUGAGGAUGCUGUCUCACCUGCGCAGGGUGCGCGUGGAGAAGCUUCAGGAUGUGAUGAGGAAGCCCAGAGUUUCCCAGGAGCCGGCUGGUGACGCCCCUCCUCCGCGCCCCCCGCCCCCGCCUCGCCCGGCCCCCCCGGCGACACCCCCUGUGGCCGAAGAGCCGCCCCCGCCGCCGGCGGCCGUGCCUCCCUACCCUUUGCCCUACAGCCCGUCUCCUGGCAUGCCCGUGGGCCCCACCGCCCAAGGCGCGCUCCAGCCGGCCCCCUUCCCCGUGGUGUCCCAGCCCUCCUUUUCCUACAGUGGGCCUCUGGGCCCCCCUUACCCGUCAGCCCAGCUGGGACCCCGGGCUGCCGCGGGCUACCCCUGGUCCCCACAGAGGAGCACGCCCCCCCGGCCAGGCUAUCCCGCGGCCCCCACUGGUGCCUCUGGCCCCGGAUACCCCUUGGCGGGGAGCCGGGCCCCCAGUCCUGGCUAUCCUCAACAGGCCCCUUACCUCUCGACUGGAGGAAAACCUCCUUACCCAACACAGCCCCAGCUCCCCAUCUUCCCAGGCCAGCCCCGGCCCUCAGGCGUCCCCCAGCCGCCCUACCCUCCCGGGCCUGCCCCUCCCUAUGGGUUUCCAGCACCUCAGGGGCCCUCCUGGCCCGGGUAUUAGACACAGUCCCGGCCCUCGGCCCUUCCCUACUUCUACGUGUACCGCAACCUUUGGCCCGCCCACCACUGAGAUUCGAGGUUAAAUUGCAAGUGGACCUGGGUCCUCCUUGUGGACUUGUGUCAGCACGUGGGAGCCUCGGGGGGACCUGGUCGGGAGCGCGCAGGCCUGGAAAGGCGCCGGCAGCGUGACUGGCUUGGCCGCACCAGACGGUCACGGCACUUAGUGGCCUCCUGGGGGAGGGGAGCGCCUCCUUUCAGUGACUGGCUUCAGCUUUUCUGGUGCUAGCCAGGCGGGGAGCUCGGUGCCUCCCCCGUGGGUGUCCGUGUGAGUGGGCAGGUGCGUGUGCUCGCGGGCACGCACUUGUGCUUGCACUCACGGACACCGGAACCCAAUGCAAUUAUCUUCGUGACGAGGGGGGUCUCCGGCCCCCGCUCACCCCCUGCCUCUCUCUCCUGGGAUCUGGCACAUUCAACCUGGUGCCCACAGCAAGGGACGCGACUCUGCGUCCAUCUGGUCCAUUCAAGGAUGGCCUGGAGCUAGAGUGGGACUUCAGGGGAGGGAACAGUAAGGAGAAACACUGAUUUUUAAAUCACAUAAAGCCAUAAUUGAACUCCGAUAGGUUGAUGUCAGAUAAGCUUGUCCCGCGUGCUGGUUUGAACGACGGCAGCAGAGCCAGAGCGGCGAGAAAACGGGGGGCUGUGAAGGUGGACCCCAGAAUCUGAGGCAGAAUCUGGAGGGGAGGGGCCGGCUCCGGCCCAGGAGAUGGUGUCGCACCGGACUCCUUUAGGAAUGGAGCGGCCGCCCUCUCUUCUCUGGGGCCCUCCACUUCCGGUUGACUGCUGAGGCCCGCCCCAUCCAUCCGCUCCUUUAGUGCCUUGAAUCUCAUCCGCAGCAGCCCCUCCCUCCGUCUGCUGCCUCUGGCUCCCUCGUGUAACUCCCCACCCCGGCACCCCUCCUGAGACACACAUUAAAGGAUGCCCUAACAGCGACUUCCCAAGUGGUGCUUCCUCAGACACCGUGACCGUCACCGGGUCAGAGUCCGCUCCUCUGCUUCCCUCUUGUCGUCGGAAUGUAAAGGGCAGGGGUUGGGACUCGCGCCGCCUGCGGCCCCCACCCCGGGCACGCCGGGGAUGUUGAGCGUGUUCGGGGAUAACAGAGACAAUAGACCAAAGGGGUGUGGUGAGCGGAGCUUUACCUUGGUUGUUCCAGAUGGGAUCCAGGUCUCGAGGGCAGACUCUGGAGCUGCUAUCGGCCAGGAAGUCAGUCAUAUGUGCCUUGAAAUGUCCACUACUUGAGUACCCAGCGUCCGGUGGGCCUGGGGUGCUGGGGGCCAACGAGGAAACUCGACUUUCCGGUGCCUGCCCCCCUCCCCGGCCCACGCACCAUCGGUGGGUGUUCGCGACGAGAUGCUCCAUUCGCUGUUGGGUCCUUGCCAAUUGUUCUUGCUUCUCGUAAGUUAUUUAUCAAGAGAAAUCACUAAUGGACUCUACUGGUUCGAGUGCUUCUGAACUGGAUGACCGAUCGCCGGUGUGUUUGUGUAAUUAAUGGCCAUAAUAAACUCUGAUGAGUUACAA